GGUCACCCUCGUCGGCGGUCAGGUUUCAACAUGGCCAGCCCAAGGGCAUCGCAUGGCCCCUCUACAUCUGAAAAAACGGCUAUUCCUGAGCCUUAUAAUCGCAGUUCUCGGGCAGUCUGUAAACAACUGCGUCAGAUUCACAAGGCAUGUGGCCAGUGGCCUUGGGAGUUUCUUCCUGGCCGGAUACCAGAGGCGUUAGAUAAACACAUGUUGGCACCGCUUGUUACGGCUGUUGAAUUUGCGUGUGAUGACGAACAUAAUGUCACUCUAUCGGAGCUGACUGAAUGGCUAAUGAGUCAGAAGGGAGACUGGGUUUUGACAUCAACGCAUGCAUCUAAUGCCCUGGACUGGGUUAUAUAUACUCAUGACAAGAGAGCGAACAGGAGGAGAUCAACCAAUAGUGGGAUUGAUAGCGGAAGACCGUCUUCUCGAGCUAGGAAGAGGCAACACUCAAACGACGAGGUGAUACUUCCGCGACCUCCACGCUCAGACCCGCAGUCGCGCCAGAAGAAGCGCUGGGCCGAAACCAAAUCGCCGACAGCUGAAGAUGUCGCCGAGGUUAAGGCCCAAUCUGAGCCCGGCCCUGAGCCUGAGCCUGACUUCGAGCCUGAGCCUGAACCUGAACCUGAGCUCGAGUUGGACCAUGAUAUGGAGAUGGAUGUGGAUGACAGCAACCCCAACGGCGAUGAUGGUGAGAACACAAACGCAAACAUAAACACGAACACGAACCUUGGCGGAACUAAUAAACAAACACUUGAAGAAGCAAUCGCAGCUUCAGCUCGUCGUCUUGAAGUAGCUCGCGACAAUCUCAAAGAAUAUGAAGACGAGCUAGAAACCGAAAGAGAAGCCUUGAAAACGAUAAACGCCUCACUGUCAGAGGCAUCGGAGGCUCACGAAGCUACCAUACAGAAAUGGAGAGAUGCCGUCUUGCAAGCAGACACAAAACAGAACGAACUCCAACAGUUUCAAAACCUCGCCCAGUCUUUCUCACGCGAUACACAAGCUGCCUUGGAGCAGCACAGCCAAAGCUUGCGGCAUCUGAGCGACCAAGCAAUCGAAGAAGAGAAACAUGCUGAAGACGAGCUCCGAACGCGACGACGUGCAUUCUGCAUCCUCGAAGAUAGGAAAGAUACAAAAGAGGGCACCAUCAAGAAGAUCUCGGCACGGAUCAGGCGAUACCAAGACGACAUUGACGCGGAGGAGGUGAAGCAUCAAAGGUUGCUCGCGGAGCAUUACCUGGAGCUUUUGAGCAAUGAUAUCAUACAAGGCAUUUCCAUUGCCGACAUAUCAUAUGCGAAGAUUCUUGAAAUUAAGUUAGAGCGUGACCAGAGAAUUUGGUAUGAACAAAGACAGAUGAAUUAACAAGAUAGCGAUUUCUUUUUGUAAUGCAUUAUUACUACAUGGAGGUAAAUAGACUGUUAUUUCUAAUUUAAG